AUGGCCACCAUCACCUGCACCCGCUUCACUGAGGAAUUCCAGAUGUUUGAGGAACUGGGCAAGGGAGCUUUUUCUGUGGUGCGUAGAUGCGUCAAGGUCCUCUCAGGGCAAGAGUAUGCUGCUAAGAUCAUCAACACCAAGAAGCUCUCUGCCAGGGAUCACCAGAAGCUGGACAGAGAGGCCAGGAUCUGCCGACUGCUGAAGCACUCAAACAUCGUGCGUCUCCAUGACAGCAUCUCAGAGGAGGGGCAUCACUACCUGAUCUUUGACCUAGUGACAGGCGGGGAGCUCUUUGAAGACAUUGUUGCUCGAGAGUACUACAGCGAGGCCGACGCCAGUCAUUGUAUUCAGCAGAUUCUGGAGGCAGUGCUUCAUUGUCAUCAGAUGGGAGUCGUUCACAGAGACCUCAAGCCUGAGAACCUCCUACUUGCCUCCAAGUCCAAGGGUGCUGCAGUGAAGCUGGCAGACUUCGGCCUGGCCAUCGAGGUUGAGGGGGAACAACAAGCCUGGUUCGGCUUUGCAGGGACACCUGGCUACCUUUCACCUGAGGUUCUGAGGAAGGACCCAUACGGCAAAGCUGUGGACCUGUGGGCUUGUGGUGUGAUCCUGUACAUCUUGCUGGUGGGCUACCCUCCGUUCUGGGAUGAGGACCAGCACAGACUGUACCAGCAGAUCAAGGCUGGGGCCUACGAUUUCCCCUCGCCUGAGUGGGACACUGUUACUCCAGAGGCGAAGGAUCUCAUUAACAAGAUGCUGACGAUCAACCCUGCCAAGCGCAUCACAGCCUCUGAGGUCCUCAAGCACCCGUGGAUCUCACACCGCUCCACUGUGGCCUCCUGCAUGCACAGACAGGAGACGGUGGAAUGCCUGAAAAAGUUCAACGCCAGAAGAAAGCUGAAGGGUGCCAUUCUCACCACCAUGUUGGCGACCCGGAACUUCUCCGGUAAGUCAUGUAGAGGUGCCCUGUCAGAACGGGACGGCUUGAUGAAGGAGUCACAGUUGAACAUUGCCAACAAGAAGACGGAUGGUGUGAAGGAAUCCUCUGAAAGCACCAACACCACUAUUGAGGAUGAAGACACCAGAGUGAGGAAACAGGAGAUCAUCAAGGUGACAGAGCAGCUUAUAGAAGCCAUCAGCAAUGGAGACUUUGAGAGCUACACGAAGAUGUGUGACCCCAGUGUGACAGCGUUUGAGCCAGAGGCUCUGGGUAACCUGGUGGAGGGCCUGGACUUCCACCGCUUUUACUUUGAGAACUUGUGGUCUAAGAACAGUAAGCCUGUCCACACCACCAUCCUGAACCCCCACAUCCACCUGAUCGGGGAGGAAGCUGCCUGCAUCGCCUACAUCCGCAUCACCCAGUACAUCGACACCAACGGCAUGCCCCGCACCGCCCAGUCUGAGGAGACACGCAUCUGGCACCGCCGCGACGGCAAGUGGCAGAUAGUCCACUUCCACCGCUCUGGAUCACCCUCGACCAUCAUUAAGUAA